GCGAAGUACGUUAGGUUGUUAGAAAGUUAAUGGCUUGGGGGAAAGAGAUUCUCUUCUCGCUUCAGGAGAGUUUCAGUGUUUUUCUGAAGUAUAAACAUAAUUGCUAAAACACCAACAACCCCAAAGAAAGUUUAAGACAAUAUUGCGCUUAUUAGAAUACAAAAUACUAAGGAAAGUAUGCAGGAUGCAGUAGCCGGGACGGCAAUGCUGACGGACGGCUUCGAAGACGAGAUUGACUCUGUGACUCCUCGCUCCCCUGCCGUAGCCGUAGGAAUGGGGGUUGGAGCCACACCAGGAGCCGGACUCGGGGGCCUAGGUAUUGGUGUUGGUGGAAAGAAAAUACGUUUGUUUGGCGAGGCUGGUGGGCCGCCAGCUGACAGGCUUGAUUUCAAACUCGCUGCGGCCGCAGUGCUGUCGUCUGGCCCCGGAUCUGGCAGCGACGAUGAUGAGGUAUCUGAGGUGGAGUCCUUCAUAUUAGACCAGGAAGACCUGGACAACCCCAUGCUGAAGACGGCGUCCGAGCUACUUCUGUCCAGCGCCGCGGACGGAGCCGAUCUCAGGACGGUGGACCCGGAAACACAGGCCAGACUGGAAGCGCUGUUAGAAGCUGCCGGGAUUGGUAAACUGUCCACUGCCGAUGGUAAAGCCUUCGCAGAUCCUGAGGUCCUGCGCCGCCUGACGUCGUCUGUGAGCUGCGCGCUGGACGAGGCCGCCGCCGCCCUGACGCGUAUGAGGGCAGAGAACACGCUCAACGCCGGCCAGGCAGACAAUCUGGUUAUUUUCAGCCGUAGCCUGGCUGAAGCGUGUUCUGACGGGGAUGUCAACGCCGUGAGGAAGCUGCUGGAUGAAGGGCGGAGCGUAAACGAGCACACGGAGGAGGGAGAGAGUCUUCUCUGCCUGGCCUGCUCCGCUGGCUACUAUGAACUUGCACAGGUCCUGCUGGCCAUGCACGCUAACGUUGAGGAUCGGGGCAUCAAGGGGGACAUCACGCCCCUCAUGGCGGCAGCCAGCGGCGGCUACGUGGACAUCGUCAAACUGCUCCUGGUCCACGGAGCCGACGUCAACGCGCAGUCCUCCACAGGUAACACGGCCCUGACGUAUGGCUGUGCGGGGGGCUUCCUGGACGUGGUCAAAGUGCUGCUCAAGGAAGGCGCCAACAUCGAGGACCACAACGAGAAUGGCCACACCCCCCUGAUGGAGGCGGCCAGCGCCGGGCACGUGGACGUGGCCCGGGUUCUCCUGGAGUACGGGGCCGGCAUCAACACGCACUCCAACGAGUUCAAGGAAAGCGCACUUACUCUGGCCUGCUACAAAGGGCAUCUGGACAUGGUGCGCUUCCUGUUAGAGGCCGGGGCCGACCAGGAGCACAAGACAGACGAGAUGCACACAGCCCUCAUGGAGGCUUGUAUGGACGGGCACGUGGAGGUGGCGCGGCUGCUAUUGGACAGCGGUGCCCAGGUCAACAUGCCCGCCGACUCGUUUGAGUCUCCACUGACGCUGGCGGCCUGCGGGGGGCACGUGGAGCUCGCCGCCCUGCUGAUUGAGAGGGGCGCCAACUUGGAGGAGGUCAACGACGAGGGGUACACCCCGCUCAUGGAGGCCGCCCGGGAGGGCCAUGAGGAGAUGGUGGCCCUGCUUUUGGCACAAGGUGCCAACAUCAACGCCCAGACAGAGGAGACACAGGAGACCGCCCUGACGCUGGCCUGCUGUGGGGGCUUCCUGGAGGUGGCAGACUUCCUCAUCAAGGCCGGUGCUGACAUUGAGCUGGGCUGCUCCACGCCUCUCAUGGAGGCUGCGCAGGAGGGCCACCUGGAGCUGGUCAAGUACCUCCUGGCUGCAGGCGCUAACGUCCACGCCACCACGGCGACGGGAGACACGGCGCUGACAUACGCCUGCGAGAACGGACACACAGACGUGGCCGACGUGCUUCUGCAGACGGGGGCGGACUUGGAACACGAGUCGGAGGGGGGGAGGACCCCUCUGAUGAAAGCGGCCCGAGCGGGACACCUCUGCACUGUACAGUUCCUGAUCAGCAAAGGUGCUAAUGUGAACCGGUCGACGGUCAACAACGACCACACGGUGGUGUCUCUGGCCUGCGCCGGGGGCCACCUGGCUGUGGUGGAGCUGCUACUGGCCCACGGGGCUGACCCCACGCACAGACUGAAGGACGGCUCCACCAUGCUGAUCGAAGCUGCCAAGGGUGGCCACACCAUCGUGGUGUCCUACCUGCUGGACUACCCCAACAACGUCGUGUCGGUCCCCGCCGCCGACCUCGCUCAGCUCACGCCCCCCUCCCACGACAUGUCUCAGGCUCCACGAGUUCCAUUCCAAGCCCUGGCCAUGGUGGUGCCUCCCCAGGAACCAGACCGGGUCCCCUCCAACCUCACAACGCCUCCGCCCGUAAACACAAAAGGCGGCUCCAAGCAGAGGUCGAGUCCCCUACAGGGGAGCCCCGUGGCUGCGGGCGGCCUGGACGCAGAGCAGCCGCCCCCCUUCCACCCGUACCAGCCCCUGGAGUGCAUCGUGGAGGAGACGGAGGGCAAGCUCAACGAGCUGGGCCAGAGGAUCUCGGCCAUAGAGAAGGCCCAGAUGCAUUCCCUGGAGCUCAUCCAAGGGGAGCCGCUCACCAAAGACAAGAUCGAGGAGCUGAAGAAGAGCCGCGAGGAGCAGGUGCAGAAGAAGAAGAAGAUCUUGAAGGAGCUCCAGAAGGUGGAGCGCCAGCUACAGCUGAAAACCCAGCAGCAGUUCACCAAAGAGUACAUGGAGGCCAAAGGCAUGAAGGAUGACCCGGGGCAGCCGGGCCAGGCGGCGGGGGUGGAACAGCCCGGCACCCCCCUGCCCCUGCAGGCUGCGCAGCCGGGCCCCGAUGCCCAGGGGAACCAGGAGGGCCUCUACCACAACGACGGACAGCCCCACCGUGCCGCUCAGGAACGGGAUGAGGUUGACGAUGAGGAUGAUGAAGACGACGAGGAGGAGGAGGAGGAGGAGGAGGACGACAAUGACGAAUAUGAAGAGGAGGUGGUGGUGGACUACUCCAAGCUACCCCAGGUGGAAACCAUCCUGUACAGAGACCCCCGCCAGCCCCCCCCACCACCUCCUCUUCACCCCCCGGCGCUACGGACUCCCCAUGGACACCCGCUGCCCGCCGGCUUCGUCCCCGUCCAGCCUCGGGCCUCCCAGCAGUCCACAGACUUCAACACGGUGGACUACCCCCCCUGCAACGCCGGCCCCGACCUGCAGAGGGCAAUCCUGAGCCAGCAGCAGAUGCUGGGGCAGCAGUUGAUGGGUUCGGGUCCUGGUCUACUCGCCCAGGCUGCCGAUGAGCUCAUGGUGGCCACCCCCGCACAGACGCUCACCGACACGCUGGAUGACAUCAUGGCAGCAGCGGUCAGCGGCCGGGUGCCCAUGUUAACCACGACCACCUCGCCCGGUGCCCAGACCCCCGCCAACGCAGCGUCCCCUCCCUCCACGCUCCCCCUCUACCCCUCCGUGGACAUCGACGCGCACACGGAGAGUAACCACGACACGGCCCUGACGCUGGCCUGUGCGGGAGGUCACGAGGAGCUGGUGUCGGUGCUCAUCGCUCGCGGGGCUAACAUCGAGCAUCGGGAUAAGAAAGGUUUCACCCCUCUGAUCCUGGCUGCCACGGCGGGGCAUGUUGGCGUUGUGGAGAUCCUGUUGGAUAAGGGCGGGGACAUCGAAGCCCAGUCUGAGAGAACCAAGGACACGCCUCUCUCCCUGGCCUGCUCUGGAGGGAGACAGGAGGUGGUCGAACUGCUGCUGCUUCGCGGGGCCAACAAGGAGCACCGCAACGUUUCCGACUACACCCCGCUCAGCCUGGCUGCCUCCGGGGGCUACGUCAACAUCAUCAAGAUCCUCCUCAACGCCGGUGCCGAAAUCAACUCCAGGACGGGCAGCAAGCUGGGCAUCUCUCCCCUCAUGCUGGCGGCCAUGAAUGGUCACGUGCCGGCGGUCAAGCUGCUGCUGGACAUGGGCUCAGACAUCAACGCUCAGAUUGAGACCAACCGCAACACGGCGCUGACCCUGGCCUGCUUCCAGGGCCGGGCGGAGGUGGUCAGUCUGCUGCUGGACCGCAAGGCCAACGUGGAGCACCGCGCCAAGACUGGUCUGACCCCCCUCAUGGAGGCCGCGUCGGGGGGCUACGCUGAGGUGGGCCGCGUGCUGCUGGACAAGAGUGCCGACGUCAACGCCCCGCCCGUACCCUCCUCUCGGGACACUGCCCUCACUAUCGCUGCUGACAAGGGCCACUACAAGUUCUGCGAGCUCCUCAUCGUCAGAGGUGCUCACAUCGACGUGCGCAAUAAGAAGGGGAACACGCCCCUGUGGCUGGCAGCCAACGGGGGCCAUUUUGACGUUGUGCAGCUGCUGGUGCAGGCCGGGGCCGAUGUCGACGCAGCAGACAACCGCAAGAUUACACCGCUCAUGGCAGCUUUCCGCAAGGGUCAUGUCAAGGUGGUUCAGUACCUGGUCAAGGAGGUCAACCAGUUCCCCUCAGACAUCGAGUGCAUGAGAUACAUCGCCACCAUCGCCGACAAGGACCUGGUGAAGAAGUGCCACCAGUGCAUGGAGACCAUCGUCAAAGCCAAAGACCAACAGGCUGCCGAGGCCAACAAGAACGCCAGCAUUCUGUUGAAGGAGCUGGACCUAGAGAAGUCCAGGGAGGAAAGUAAAAAGCAAACUUUGGCUGCCAAGCGGGAGAAGCGCAAGGAGAAGCGCAAGAAGAAGAAAGAAGAGCAGAAGAGGAAGCUGGAGGAAGAGGAGGCCAAAGUGAGGGAGGAGGACUUGGACAUUGAUGACCAGGACCAGGACUCCUCUGAAGAUGGAGAUGUUCCCAUAGACCCACCCAGCGCCACCACCACCACCACCAUUGGCAUCUCCGCCACCUCCACGACGUUCACCAACGCCUUUGGCAAGAAGCGAGCUGGUGUGACGACCGCCCAUAGUGCCGGCCGCAAGAGCCACAAGACCAGGGCCCGGGAAGCCCACGGCGAGCCCAUUAUUCUGCAGGACCCCCAGGUGGCGUUGGCCCAGCAGAAGGCCGACAAAAACAAGAUCCACGGUGAGCCCCGGGGUGGCGGGGUGCCGGGUGGCAGCGACUCGGACAACCUGGACAGCACCGACUGCAACAGUGAGAGCAGCAGCGGAGGCAAGAGCCAGGAGCUCAACUACCUACCAGACCUGCCGUCCUCAUCUUCGUCGUCCUCUUCGUCGUCGGCCCCCUCGGCGGUGAGCCAGCCGCCACAGCCGGUCCCAGAGAAGAGGCCGAGCACCUCGCUGCACAGCUCCAGGGAGGACAAGGUCACAGUGUCCAUCUCCAAACAGCACCCGAAAAUCCAUGACAGCAUCAACGACUCGACGCCCAGCUCCCUUCCCCACUCGUUCAAAACCAUUUCACUGCCGGUCUCCUCGCCCAACAACAAGUUGAAUGUCACCAGCCCCAAGAGGGGUCAGAGGAGAGAGGAGGGCUGGAAGGAGGUGGUGAGGAGGUCUAAAAAGCUCUCGGUGCCUGCGUCUGUCGUGUCCCGUAUCAUGGGCAGAGGCGGCUGCAAUAUCACUGCCAUUCAGGACGUAACUGGGGCUCAUAUCGACGUGGACAAGCAGAAGGACAAGAACGGGGAGAGGAUGAUCACCAUCAGAGGGGGCACGGAGUCGACUCGACAUGCCGUGCAGCUCAUCAAUGCCCUGAUCCAGGACCCGGCCAAGGAGCUGGAGGACCUGAUCCCCAGGAACCACAUCCGGGUUCCUGGCGCCAGCGCCAAGAUCGGCUCCACCUACACCACCUCCACGGGGUCCACGAACACCUCGGCAGUUGGCUCCAAGGGCCUGGGGUCGGCGCUGCCGUCGUCCGCUGUGCCCUUCCAGUCGGCCUCCGCGUCGCAGCAGGGGGGGAGGACUGCUAAGAGCAUGUCUCCCAGCGUUAGGCCGCCCUUCGUGUCACUGCCCCUGGCGUACGCCAACCCGCACCUGGCCCUGCUGGCCGCCCAGACCAUGCACCACAUCCGACACCCGCGCCUGCCCAUGGCCCAGUUCGGUGGCACUUUCCCUCAGUCGUCCAGCACCUGGGGCCCGUUCCCGGUGCGGCCCGUUAGCCCCGGCAGCGCCAACGGCUCGCCGAAGCACAACGGCACCGCCGCCCCCCGGCCCUCGCCUGCCUCCGCUAGCCACCCGGAGCACCCCGCCCCUGCCUCCGCCUUGUCGCCCAGCGCCACCCGCCCCGUCACGCCCACGCCUUCCUCCGUCAGAAAGCAGCUCUUCUCCGGAGAGUCGAAGGCGGUCGGCAUGACAUCAGUCACCCCUGCCGCGAGCAGCCCGCCCUCCACGCCGGUGGCCCCCACACCCACGAGUGCUGCGACCGCCGCCACGCCCCCUACCCCGCCCUCCCCUCCCGUGCCCGUCGCCCUGCCGGCACAGCCGCCCGCCAACAAGUCGGAUCCUGCCGGCAACGCCGUUUCGGGUAAAGAGAAGUCCUCUCCGGAUCUGGUGGCGCCGGUCCAAGGUGGCCCUUCUGACGCCUCCAUGCACUUCACGGCUCCCGCCCCGGCUCCGCCCUCUCUGCCCCCCCAGCACACAGACAGCCGGCAGCAGCUGCCCCUCCCCUUCGUGCCCGCUGCAGAACCCCCGGCCGCCCAGUCGUCCCGCCCCGUUCUGCCCAGUUCCCGCUCUGCACCAGCAGGGGGCAGCACUGUCGCACAGACCGGCACGGCCUACGCACCGCCCGCCCCCUCGCACAUGCACCCCAUGACCCAGUUCUACCCCAUGGCUGCCGGGGCGCCUCUGCAGGAGAACCAGUCUGUGUUCGUCCCGUCCGGGGCGUCCCAGGAACAGAAACAGCAGAUGCCCCCUGGCGUGGGGAUGAUGAACGGCUCCCAGUUGCACGUCCACGGGGGCAAAGCCCAGCACCUCCCCCCCAACUACGGCCCCACCGCCGUCUUCAACCACUUUAGCAGCAUGUUCGAGAGCGGCCCGGCGGGCAACAGCCAGGUGUGGGGAGCGUGCCACCUUCCGGCCCGGGUGCCCCCGGAGCAGCAGUACGGCGCCCCCCCAGCCUACAUGCAGGGUAUAGGACAGAUGGAGAAUGCCAUGCCCCCUCCGGACGGCUCCAAGGCACCGGGGUACCGUUGCAACACCCAGAGGAUUGUCACCAGUCCUAUCGGAAUGCACCCGAUGGACCCGUCAGGAAGCUGCAUCUCCUCGUCCGCCGCUCUGACCAGCUUCGCCACCAGCAUCUCCUGCAGUCCGGUGUACCUGCCGGGUCCACCGCCAGUGGGCACGCCCUCCUUCAGCCGACAGCACUUCUCCCCUCACCCCUGGAGCGCCUCCUCCUCCUGUGAGUCCCCCAUCCCGUCAGUCUCCUCCAGUGGCUCCGCCCCUCUCUGCGUGUCCACGGUGACCCCGGCUCUGAUCCAGGCUAAGGCCAACAGCAGCAGCAGCCAGCAGGACCGCAAGGUGCCCCCGCCGAUUGGCACAGAGCGCCUGGCACGCAUCCGCCAGACUGGCUCUGUCAACCACGCCAUGCUCACCGCCAGCUACACGCCUCCAGUGGGACAGGGGGGCAUCUGGUCCUUCGGAGUAGGCAGUGCUUCAGUCCUCCCCUCCUCUAACCCUCCACCUCCAGAGGCCAUGUCAGGCUGGUCUCAGCCCCUGAUGGGUGCCCACGUGAUGCACCAGGCCAUGCAGGACCAGAGCUCCUUCUCCCAGCACCAGAACAUGGAGCGGGACGACACCGGCACCGCCAACCCCUCCAACACCUUCAGUCAGCCCAUGCCCACCAAUUUCAUGGACUUCCCGAAGGGUUUGCCGAUGUCAAUGUACGGCGGGACCAUGAUUCCUCACCACCUUCCGAUGGGAGAAGCCCCCGGGGGCCCCAUGUACAAUGGGACCGUUCAUAAUGCCGACCAGGCCUGGAGCCCCGUCCUAAAGGUGGUCUCCAGCUCCGCAGAGACUUCAGACCCACAGCAGGUCUGGCCCGGGACCUGGGCCCCCCACGUUGGGAAUGUGCCCCUUAAUCACGUCAACUGAAGGAGUCCCCACGAUCGACGCACAGGACCUUUAACCUGACGCUUAAGAGAACAACAUAAUUACGUAAUAUACAAAGAUAUUAACCUAGGGGGGUGUCCGGGAACAGAGGAUUUAGACGGCCGGACACCAUUUUGAUGUGCCUAACUAAAAAAAAUGAAAAAAAAUAAGAAAAAUCUGGUGUGGGCCAAUACAUGUUGACCGUUGUCCAUGAACAAACCGAUUGCCUGUUCAACAGGAUCCAUUCUCUGCGUAGUAUAGCCAUUACUUUGACUUUAAAAGCCCCCCCCCCUGAAUAAGUUGUUCUUGGGUCUGCAGCGCUCUACAGGACUGUGCGCUAUUCAUACUCUGCCCACGAACCAGGAGGUUGAAAGAGACAUCUGACCUUUUAGUGGUAAAUACAUGUGCAAUGGUUUACGUACUAAAAAAGGGUUAAUAUGAGAGUAAAUUUCAUGUCGUAUAGUGGCUAUACUUUAUGUAGCCUGUAUUAAUGUGAAAUAUUUACCUUAAUAUUCAAUAAAAAGAUGAAACUACA